AUUAUACAUGAAUAAAAAGGACUGUGGAGAUUUCUUUGUCUCUGUUAUGGGGCAGUACUGAGAUGGUACGGGACAGGAGGACAGAUAAAGUGGUCAGUGAAGCAGCAAAUUAAUUCCAGAAGGUGGCAGUAAUGCAACAUUAAGGAUGCCAGCUGCCGCAAAACCUCAAAGAAGAAGAGGAGAAGGAGGAACAAGGAGUCAGCUGUCAAAAAAAAGUAGCUAAAGUGUAAGCACCGAUCAGAAAGAGAGAUGUUCAGAGCUUGUGUACAGUACAGACCGGUUGCCUGCCUGUGAGCUUUGACUGAACAAAACCCGCGAAGAUGCCUGCAGUAUCCACCGGGGUCAAGGAGCUGUAUCUGUCCACAUCUCUAGGUGACCUCAAUAAAAAGGCUGAAAUUAAGCCAGACAAGACAAGCACCAGAAGCUAUGUUCAGAGUGCCUGCAAAAUCUUCAAGGCGGCAGAGGAGUGUCGCCUUGACAGAGAUGAGGAGAAAUCUUAUGUGCUGUACAUGAAGUAUUUAACAGUAUAUGACAUCAUCAAGAAGAGACCAGACUUCAAGCAGCAACCGGAGUAUUACAUGACCAUGCUUGGGCCAAACAGCUUUAAGAAAGCCAUUGAAGAAGCCGAGAAGCUCUCUGAAAGCCUUAAACUCAGGUAUGAGGAAGUAGAGGUUCGAAAAAAACUUGAGGAGAAGGAGAGACAAGAGGAGAAGAAAAGGAGGGAGGAAAUAACAGAGAAAGAUGCUGGUCGAGGCUCUCCAAAAGCAUCAGUAAAAAAGAAGGACAGCAAAAAGGUAAAUGGAGAACAGAAUGAGCUGAAGACUGCAACAUCAAAAUCUGCGGGGCCAGCUGGUGGGAUCACAGCUGAGAAACUUUUCCACAUGAUGAAGGACCAGACAAUUACAAUAAUUGUUAUGGAUGCCCGCAGCCACACAGACUUUGAAGAGUCUCACAUUCAGGUCCCCGCCCAGACCUGCAUCUGCGUGCCUGAAGAGGCUAUUAGCCCAGGAAUCACUGUGAAUCAGAUUGAGGCAAAGCUUCCAGAGGUGUCCAAAGAGCAUUGGAAGCGAAGGGGAUUUGUGGAUUAUAUAGUCCUGCUGGACUGGUUCAGUUCUGUCACUGACCUUACACUGGGCACUACAUUGCGGAGCCUCAAAGAUGCCCUGUUUAAGUGGGACAGCUUCACCUUCCUGCGUAGUGAGCCGCUGGUGCUGGAGGGAGGCUACGAGAACUGGCUGUUGUUUUACCCUAUGUACACAACCAACGCUAAAGUUCGGCCCCCUAGGCAGAAUAUCACCAGCACCCUCCCUCAGUUGAAUUUUAGCUACCCAUCCCUAGAGGAACCAAAGCCUCCGGCCCCACCUCAACCAGAGCCUGAGGUAACACCCGAGCCUCAGGAACCUUCCACUCAUGUGCUGGUGAACGGGGUUGUGCCAGCAGAACCCCCCGCAUCCAAAACUUCUGUGGUUACUGACAGGUUGUCAGACAUUAUCGGUUUGCCCGUUGCAGGCUCCACAAAUUCUGGGCUAGACCAUAGUAACAAGGGCCCUGCUGCACCCACAUCCAGCCAGACACCUGCAACAGCCAAGGCCUUCCCACAGUUUGACCGUACCAAGAAACCCUCUGUCCAGGUGUUUGAUGAGCCUAAGCCCAGCCAGAACGGGUCAGAGACUGACUCUGCCCAGAAUGGACCACUUGUUCCUGACCGCUCAGUCAAACCACCCUUAAUCUCCAACACGUCUCUGUCUAAAGAAGAACAAAGUCAAAUACACUCUGAGGUGGUGGCAGUGAUGGAGAAGGCGAGGCAAGAGCAGGAGAAACGCAUCAAGGAGCGUCGUUUGGAGGAAGAGAGGCGGGAGAAGGAGAAGCAGUUGAAAGAAAGGGAGGAUAGUGAGAAGAGGAAGGAAGAGGAGGGGAAUGGAAACCAUGAGAAAAAGAAACUGGAGAGGCAGAAGGCAUAAGAAGAGGAAGUCAAAGAGAACAGGGUGUGGGAGGACAGAGAGAGGAGGGGAAAGGAGCAGAACCCCGACACACCCUCAAAGAGUAUGUCUCUGGACUCCCCUAUUCCGAACCAUAUUGUUAGUGAAAUUAAGAGGGAGCCCCUGACGAGAGCAAGGAGUGAGGAGAUGGGUAGGAGUGUGCCGGGCCUUCCUGUUGGUUGGAUGAAGUUCCUUGACACAGUGACUGGGACUUACCGCUACUACCAUUCCCCAACCAACCGUGUCCACCUGUACCCUCCUGAGGUCACUGUUCCCCAGACCCCACCCUCCACACCGCCAACAGUCAAACAGAAACCAGCACAACCCGCUGAGCCAGACACCAGCCGUGAACAAGAGCGGGAACAGUCCAAACUGAAACGCUCUUACUCCUCCCCUGAUAUCAGCCAGGAGCUGAGAGAGGAGGCCCAGAAGAAAGCCACCGCCCCGACCACUGCUGCUGUCAUACCCACCAUCAACAGAGAGACCAAACCUGCUAUUGCUAAAGCGUAUACUAAAGUAGAGAUUGUGCGACCUUCGGCUGCCAAAAUUCGCAACCUGAAUCCUACAUUUGGUGGUCUUGGCGCAUCACUGACUGGCCUUCGUAACAUGGGCAACACAUGCUACAUGAACUCCAUCUUGCAGUGUCUGUGUAACACUCCUGCCAUGGCUGAGUACUUCAACAACAAUUACUACCUGGAGGACAUCAACAGGUCCAACAUCCUUGGCCAUAAAGGGGAGGUGGCGGAGGAGUUUGGUGUGAUUAUGAAGGCCCUGUGGGCCGGUCUGUACAAGUGCAUCAGCCCGCGGGACUUCAAGAUCACCAUCGGCAAGAUCAAUGAGCAGUUUGCUGGCUAUGACCAACAAGACUCCCAGGAGCUGCUGCUGUUCCUUAUGGAUGGACUCCAUGAGGAUCUCAACAAGGCGGACAACAGAAAGCGUUACAAGGAGGAGGAAAACGACCAUCUGGAUGAUCAGAUGGCAGCCGACCUGGCAUGGAGCAAACACAAGCUGCUGAACGAAUCCAUCAUUGUAGCGCUGUUCCAGGGGCAGUUCAAGUCCACUGUGCAGUGUCUGACCUGCCAUCGAAAGUCACGGAUAUUUGAGACCUUUAUGUACCUGUCACUGCCUCUGGCCUCCACCAGCAAGUGCUCCCUGCAGGAUUGUCUGAGGCUCUUCUCUAAGGAAGAGAAGCUGACCGACAACAACAAGGUGUUCUGCAGACACUGCAAGGCCCACAGAGAUUCCACCAAGAAACUCGAGAUCUGGAAGGUCCCACCCAUUCUCCUGGUGCACUUAAAACGAUUCUCCUUUGAGGGAAGAUGGAAGCAAAAGCUGCAGACAUCUGUAGACUUCCCUCUAGAUAAUCUGGACCUGGCCCAGUACGUCAUUGGACCCAAACAGAGCCUGAAGAGAUACAACCUGUAUGGCGUUUCUAACCACUACGGCGGUCUAGAUGGCGGCCAUUACACAGCCUACUGUAAGAAUGCCCUGAAACAGCGCUGGUACAAGUUCGAUGACCACGAGGUGUCUGAAAUCUCCACCUCCUCCGUCAAGUCCUCUGCAGCCUACAUCCUGUUUUACUCCACCCUGUGAUGGAGGCUGUAGCACACGGAGAGAGAAUUCUACACCAGGGCAGCGACGCUCAAGCCUAGAGGUUGUUUUUUUCUUUUUCAAAUCACAGCUCUGAGGACCUGGUGCACGUAGUUACGUGUUAACUAGUCGUGUGUGUGCGCGCAAGGACUUGACUCGAGCGAGUGGCUAUGAGAUCCCGUCUGGCGCAUAACGGAGAAAGGUGCAGGCCCACUGUGCAAUGCUUCAGCUCCUAGAGGACCUUAUACCUGUUAAACAUGCCGUCUGUUCAUAUUACUGAUAAUCUAGAGACUAAACGGAUGCUCCUUUUCUCUGACUUCUAUACCUUGAUGGUUGUGUUGUAGGGCUGACAGCUGGUUCAGAUGCUCUUCACUGUCAUUUCUGUUGCACUCAGUGUGGAUGGCCGUAUCGCAGAACUGAUCUUGAGCUUUCUUUUUCCUUGUAUACACCAGGGUUAACAGUUAGAUGGCAUGUACAUACUUACCACUGCUGAUGUUGCACAUUUAAAAAUGUAAAUACUUGAGGACAAGGUGUUAUCUGUUAAGUGACCAAAUUAUAAUUUUUUUUUUUUCUUGAAAGUAGCAGCCAUCAUGGUAUCACCAUAUUCAUAAAGUCAAACCAUAUGUUUUAGGGGUUUAACUCUAUAGCCUUUUGAUGUUUGACAUGAUCUUAAAGGUGGUGGAAGUGAGUGCAGAAUUUGGCGUUCUUCAUAAAGAGAAGCAGGAACUGAGAUUAUUGCUUGUUCAUAUUAGCCCAAUUCUUGCACUUACACAAUAUGCAAUCAAUUUAAGUUGUUUAUGUAGGACACAUUGUUUAACAGCAGACGAAUCAGAAUGCUUUGAAACGAUACUGAAGCUGAGAUCUUGUCCGUCUUACUCGGUCCUGCCAGUGACAGAAAAAAAACGUACCUGCUUCUAUAAAGUUUGUUGUAGAAUUAAUUCUCUGUUAAACAUACUUAACUCUUUACAUUAUUAUAUUCAAACACAAAAAGUAUUUAGAGGAACAAUUACUGGGAUAACGUGGCCUUCUUGGCUUAUACAAGUGAUGCUGGUUUUGAAGGAACAUGUUUCUAGGAGGCUGGAAUUUUGAUUUAUCUGAUUAAAUUUAGUACUGACCCAUGAGAAUAUGAAGACGUGAGAAAUUGACCUCAUUGACUUUUGACAGGAGUGCGUUACUGUCACCAUUUGAUGCCUGACUUGCUGACCGACCGACUGACAAGGGCAAGCACAAACUAUACUGAUAAUUGUUUUGAAUGGACCACAGAUCUGAGGUGGCAGGAUUUGAUACUGUGCUUCCUGAGUACAGUUUUAUUGCCUAGCAUGAGAUCAUAAUCGUUUUUUCUUUUUACUUGUACAUGUUUAUUUUAUUUCCUAAUGCUCUAAACAAUUGUUUCAGAUAUAACAAUUAUAUUAACCUCAAACUACUCAUGACUAUUUAUUAAAACUGCUUCAAAUUA